GGGGCUAUGAUGUCAUCUCCAAUUAAUUCUCUGGAAAUAGAGGCUGGCAUUGUUCCUUUAUUUGUACGCAGAUGUUACAUCACUGACAAGUAUGUUCUUAAAUUAGUUAGUCGUGGUAACGAAGUAAUUUAUAGAUACUUAAAUAAUAUCAAUAUUCCAAAUUAUAAUUUAAUACCGUUUCCUAAUUCUUCUUCCAUAAGUGAUGUUAUAACUUAUUUAAACUUUGAAUUUCAAGAUAUAGUGUAUUGGUCUAAUUUGCUUCCCUGUUUUGAACAUGAUUACAAUGAUAUUAUGCGAGACGUGGUUGUUGAACUGGUCAAAUUUGAAUCGAAAUAUGACUUUUUGGAGUUUCUUGAUGAUAAGACUGAUUUUGUUAAGUUAUACACUGACGGCUCUAAAACUAAAGAUAGGACCAGUUUUGCAUUUUUUGACUCUUUUUUGAACAUAGGAAAAGUUUUUGAAUGUAGUAGUUAUUUUUCAGUAUUUUCAGCUGAAGUAUUAGGCAUAAUUUAUGCUUUAGAACAUAUUCGUAAUUAUUAUAUAACUAAAAAUAAGUUUUUGAUUCUAUCUGAUUCGAUGAGCGCUUUACAAGCGCUUAAAAGUAAAUGUGUAAGUGCAUCUGUAAAUUAUUUAAUUUAUAAGUUGAGAAGUUGUUUAAGUUCUUUGUUGAAUAGAAAUAUUACUGUUGAAUUUUGCUGGGUUCCGGGACAUUCAGGAAUUUUUGGCAACGAACUAGUAGACAAGCUUGCCAAAUCUACAGAAGAUAUACAAGUUUGUGAUUUAAAAGUACCUCAAUCCGAUUUAGUACCUUUUAUUAAAGAACUUAUGAUUAGACGUUGGAAUAACUCAUGGUCUAAAUCCAAAGAAGUCAAAGGGAAAUGGCUUGCAGAAAUAGUCCCGGCACCCAGCUCCAAGUCGUGGUUUGAAUACCAAAGAAAAUAUGUAGAAAGGGCAUUUAUUACAACUAUAUGUAAAUUGCGCAUUUGUCGCGAAGUACGCGAUGAUUGUAAAUAA